UCAGCCUGCGCUCUACGGCCGACGCGUCUCGCCCUACGUCACAGUGAAGUAUGUGCUCUCGAACGUAGAAAAUGGCUGCGCUCUUCGCUACCUCAGGUCGGCGCAGAUGUAAAUACGGCCUGUGGGUCAGCUUAGUGUUUGCCGCGGAAUUUGUUUGUGCAUUAGGACUUACAUGCUAUUGUGAAGGACAUUGCCCAGAUGAUAGAGAAAAUGGAACUUGUGAAGGUAGACCUGGUGGUCAUUGCUUUAGUGCAGUAGAAGAAGUUUGGGAUGCAGAAUCAAGAGAAUAUGUGCCUGAAUGGUCAUUUGGCUGUUUACCACCAGAUGAGCAAGGUUUCAUGCAAUGCAAAGGAUCCCUCGUGCCACAUUUUCAAGAGAAAAGUAUAAUAUGCUGUAACAAGAGUGCAUUGUGCAACAAAGAUGUAUAUCCUGAUUAUAAACCCCGAACUACCACAGUACCUAAUCCUAUGGCCAUAGCUUCGGGUGCACCACUUAUAAUAUUGACUACCAUUUUAUCUAUAUGCUUAAUGGUAAUUUUAAUAGCUAUGGUGAUCAUAUAUCACAGAUACAGAAGAAAAGAAAGAGGCCCUUGCCUCGUGCCUUCUCAGGGAACACUUAAAGACUUUAUUGACCAGAGUAGUGGCUCUGGUUCAGGAUUACCUCUUUUAGUACAACGAACUAUUGCCAAGCAACUAGCCUUGUCUCAGUGUGUUGGGAGGGGACGUUACGGUGAAGUAUGGCUUGCAAGAUGGAGAGGCGAAAAAGUGGCAGUGAAAGUAUUUUUUACAUUGGAAGAAGCAUCUUGGUUUAGGGAAACUGAAAUUUAUCAAACUGUGUUGAUGAGACAUGAUAAUAUUUUGGGUUUCAUCGCGGCUGAUAUCAAAGGCACAGGAUCUUGGACACAGAUGUUACUAAUUACAGACUAUCACGAAAGAGGCUCGCUACAUGAUUAUUUACAAACUACUGUUCUGGAUCAUCAUAGCCUCUUAGCAAUAUGUCUUUCAAUUGCUUCUGGAAUUGCUCAUUUGCACACAGAAAUCUUUGGUACACGUGGAAAGCCUGCUAUAGCUCAUAGAGAUAUCAAAAGUAGAAACAUUUUAGUGAAAAAGAAUGGUGAAUGCGCAAUUGCUGACUUUGGUUUGGCAGUAAGAUAUAUAAGUGAAAGUGGAGAAAUUGAUAUUGCACCUAACACACGAGUGGGUACUCGUCGAUAUAUGGCUCCAGAAGUUUUAGAUGAAACUUUAAACACAUCUUCCUUUGAAGCUUUCAAAAUGGCAGAUAUGUAUUCUGUUGGUCUUGUUCUUUGGGAAGCUUGUAGAAGAUGUGUUACAGGUGGCAAGAGUUCUAUAGUAGAACCAUAUGCUUUGCCAUACCAUGAUGUUGUUCCAAAUGAUCCAGAUUUUGAAGAUAUGCGAUUAGCAGUUUGCAUAAAACGAUUACGUCCAAUAAUACCAGCGCGAUGGGAAACUGAUUCGAUCUUGUUUGCGCUGAGCAAAUUGGUAACCGAAUGUUGGCAUGCGAAUCCGGUCGUUCGUUUAACAGCGCUACGCGUGAAAAAGACAAUAUCAAAAUUACAUAUUGAUAAUGCUAUUAAAAUCGUGUAACAUUCGACGAUAUUCGUCGAAUGUAUUCUAUCUUACCGCUAGUAGCUGAGAAGUAAUUUCUUCCCUUGUAAAUAACCCGGUGUACAUAGAUUUAUUGACAGACUGCAAGCCUGAAGACUGAAUAUUAAGAUUUAAAAAUACAUGAAAACGUAUGAAUGUGCAAAUUUAUAUGAUCAAAUGAAUGAUCAAUUGUAAAUCAAGAAGAACGAAAUUAUGAUGAAUGGAUGUUGUGUAUGUGUACAUAUUUUUGUUUUUAAGUGAAAUGUGAGAAAACAUUAUAAUGCCAAUGUUUUAACGCGCUUCACUAUGUUGAAAUUUAUUGAAUAUGUAAUUAACGAUGGCUACUACUUAGUAAGGAUAAUUUUUUUUUUUCAGCCUAAAAAAAAAAGAAAAAGAAACACAUGAACGUUAAACAAAAAAUUUCAAAUAAAUUUAAUAGCAGAAAUUUAUUGAAAAAUGAAAAUACCGUUUCCGAUGAUAGCAUUUAAAUUUACCGUAUCUAUUCAGUGUUAUGAAUUUAUUAUACGUAUUAAAUCCCACUAUUAACAGAGUUAAUAAUAUUUACAUGCCUUUGAUAUGUUUGUCAUUGAAAAGUACAAUGAAUAUACAGUUUUAAUUGGAAAAUGAAAUAUCUUGCAAGAUAUAUGGAAUUUUAAGUCGUUUGUAGAUAAAAGAACGAUUUUACAUUAAGAACGUAUGAAAUAUGUAGCAAUUGUAAAAUAUAAAUAUUUGAAAUAUUCUUA